GCGGGCGCGCGCGGAAUGGCCCGACAGGUGGUGCGCGCGGGGGCGGGCCGGGCGGCUCUUGGGCGGCGGGACUCGGACCCGGACCGGGACCGGGGCGAGGCAGAGAGGAGCUACACCUGUCGGCGAGGCGGCGGCGCGGCGGCUCGGCAGAGGCCGACUGUGCCUGCUGAGCUGUCACCCGCACGCCGGUCUGUGUAUGAUGACCAACCAAAUGCACACAAGAAAUUUAUGGAAAAACUAGAUGCUUGUAUCCGUAAUCAUGACAAGGAAAUUGAAAAGAUGUGUAAUUUUCAUCAUCAGGGUUUUGUAGAUGCCAUUACAGAGCUUCUUAAAGUAAGAGCUGAUGCAGAAAAACUGAAGGUGCAAGUUACUGAUACCAACCGAAGGUUUCAAGAUGCUGGAAAAGAGGUGAUAGUUCAAACAGAAGAUAUUAUUCGAUGUAGAAUUCAACAAAGGAAUAUUACUACUGUGGUAGAAAAAUUACAAUUAUGCCUUCCAGUACUGGAAAUGUACAGCAAACUAAAAGAACAGAUGAGUGCAAAAAGGUAUUAUUCUGCCUUAAAAACUAUGGAGCAAUUAGAGAAUGUGUACUUCCCUCGGGUUAGUCAAUACCGGUUUUGUCAGCUAAUGAUAGAAAAUCUUCCUAAACUCCGUGAGGAUAUUAAAGAAAUCUCCAUGUCUGAUCUCAAAGACUUUUUGGAAAGCAUUCGAAAACAUUCUGACAAAAUAGGUGAAACAGCAAUGAAACAGGCACAGCACCAGAAGACCUUCAGUGUUGCUCUGCAGAAGCAAAGUAAUAUGAAAUUUGGAAAGAAUGUUUAUAGCAAUCAUGAAAGAAUUCCAGGAGAAAGGAAUGAAAUUACAUUGAAACAUGUACUUGAGGAUGAAGAUGAGAAUGAAGAGGAGGUCUUAACUGUUCAAGAUCUUGUUGAUUUUUCCCCUGUUUACCAAUGUUUACACAUUUAUUCUGUUUUGGGUGAUGAGGAAACAUUUGAAAAUUAUUACCGAAAACAAAGAAAGAAACAAGCAAGACUAGUAUUGCAGCCACAGUCAAGUAUGCACGAAACAGUUGAUGGCUAUAGAAGAUACUUCACACAAAUUGUAGGGUUCUUUGUGGUGGAAGAUCACAUUUUACACGUAACUCAAGGAUUAGUAACCAGGGCAUACACUGAUGAACUUUGGAACAUGGCCCUCUCAAAGAUAAUUGCUGUCCUUAGAGCUCAUUCAUCCUACUGUACUGAUCCUGAUCUUGUUUUGGAGUUGAAGAAUCUUAUUGUAAUAUUUGCAGAUACUUUGCAAGGAUAUGGUUUCCCAGUGAACCGACUCUUUGACCUUUUAUUUGAAAUAAGAGAUCAAUACAAUGAAACACUGCUUAAGAAAUGGGCUGGAGUUUUCAGGGACAUUUUUGAAGAGGAUAAUUAUAGCCCUAUUCCUAUUGUCAGCGAAGAAGAGUAUAAAAUUGUCGUUAGUAAAUUUCCCUUUCAAGAUCCAGACCUCGAAAAGCAAUCUUUCCCAAAGAAACUCCCCAUGUCUCAAUCAGUGCCUCAAAUUUAUAUCCAAGUUAAAGAGUUUAUUUAUGCAAGCCUUAAAUUUUCAGAAUCACUUCACCGGAGCUCAACAGAAAUAGAUGAUAUGCUUAGAAAAUCCACAAAUCUGCUGUUGACCAGAACUUUGAGUAGCUGUUUACUGAACCUUAUUAAAAAGCCUCAUAUUGGUUUAACUGAGUUAGUGCAAAUAAUCAUAAACACAGCACACCUGGAACAAGCUUGUAAAUACCUUGAAGACUUUAUAACUAACAUUACAAAUAUUUCUCAAGAAACUAUUCAUACCACGAGACUUUAUGGACUUUCUACUUUUAAGGAUGCUCGACAUGCAGCGGAAGGAGAGAUAUAUACCAAACUUAAUCAGAAAAUUGAUGAAUUUGUUCAGCUUGCUGAUUAUGACUGGACAAUGUCUGAGCCAGAUGGAAGAGCUAGUGGUUAUUUAAUGGAUCUUAUUAAUUUUUUGAGAAGCAUCUUUCAAGUGUUUACUCAUUUGCCUGGGAAAGUUGCCCAGACAGCUUGCAUGUCAGCCUGCCAGCAUCUGUCAACAUCCUUAAUGCAGAUGCUCCUGGACAGUGAAUUAAAACAGAUAAGCAUGGGAGCUGUUGAGCAGUUUAACUUAGACGUCAUACAGUGUGAAUUGUUUGCCAGUUCUGAGCCUGUGCCAGGAUUCCAGGGCGAUACACUGCAGCUAGCAUUCAUUGACCUCAGACAACUGCUUGACCUGUUUAUGGUUUGGGAUUGGUCUACAUAUCUGGCUGAUUAUGGACAGCCAGCUUCUAAGUACCUUCGUGUGAAUCCAAACACAGCCCUGACUCUUUUGGAGAAGAUGAAGGAUACUAGCAAAAAGAACAAUAUAUUUGCUCAGUUCAGAAAGAAUGAUCGAGACAAACAGAAGUUGAUAGAGACCGUGGUGAAGCAGCUGAGAAGUCUGGUGAAUGGUAUGUCCCAACACGCGUAGCCCUCACACCACACACGGCUGUUAGCACCAACCUCCCGAGCCCGCGCCUGACACAGGGAUUUGUUUACAGAAUUAAGGAAGGCGACAGAGGAAAUACGCUGGUGAGGGCUCAACAAAGAAACAGUGACUAAUAUCAUUUGUAUGGCUUUUUAAAUAAUUGAAUACUAUUUUAUAUAUGGAAAUGUGACUUUUUUCACUUUUAGAAGGAAAAAGGAUAAAACUGUAAUAUAUAAAUCAAAUCAAAGAUAAUGUGAAAAUGA